AACCUGCAUUCACUAGAUUCUUUUAUUUUUAUUUUUCACAUCUUCCUCUCCUAUAUAUAUGUAUAUGCUCCAUCAACAUGUAGCUUAAGAUCUGUAAUAUUUAUUUUCAUCAUCAUAAAAAUAGGUUUCCUCCAAAUUAUGAGCUGCUUUUCCGAAAUGAUUCUUGAACAAGAUUUGACGAUAUCGAAUGAGGCUGUUUUGGAAAGCCCUCAACUUGUAACGAACAGCUCGAAAAAGAGGCGAAUAACAUCAAAAUCAGGUCCCAAACAAAACGAAGAAAACAAAGUAAGCGAUGAGCUGAGGAAAACUACGCAUAGAGAAAUUGAGAGGCAAAGAAGGCAAGAAAUGUCUACUCUUUACGCCUCACUUCGAGAACUUCUCCCUCUUGAAUACAUCAAGGGGAAACGGUCGGUCUCUGAUCACAUGCACGAGGCUGCAAGUUACAUAAAGGAUAUGGAGAAGAAGAUAGAGGAAUUGCAGUUGCGGAGAGAUGAGCUGAAAAAUGCAUCGGCUUCAAAUACUACUUUUGAUCUGCCAAAUUUUGUAACGGUGAAUUGUUGUUGUGAUGGGCUUGAGAUUUUGAUCAACUGUGGUGUCAAAGAGGGUUAUGGAUUUUCCCUAUCAAGAGUGAUUGUGGAAUUGACUCACAACGGACUCGAUGUAGUCACCUGCAUUUCAAACAAAGUGAAUGGCAGAUUCUUGUACAAAAUCCAUACUCAGGUAACUCUAUUAUCGUACACUAUAUAUUUUAUUUUUACAUUUUUUCAUUUCUGGGAAUCAUCGAUUUGCAGGUAAAUGCUUUGGCAUAUAUUAAUCUGGCUGAGCUGCAGCAGAGGCUCACGUAUGAGAUCAAUUAAUAGUCGUUGAAUCUUUUGGGGAUCAAUUUUGACUUUUGUGGCAAGAUCAAUCGAAAUUUGCUUGGGGUUCUCUAAAUAGUCUGCUGGAGGUAAAUAUUUGGAUGUUUGGGUUUUUAUUAAUUUGGAGUUCUUAGUGGAAAUUAAGUUCGAUUGAAUCGUCGUCGAUCAAGAAUGUGUUAGUACAGCUUGUAAGAAAUAUAUCUUCAUAUUGUACAUAAAAAAUUUGUACUAAAAAUAUUUAAUCAUCUUUGCCCUAGUCUCAAUAGAAACCUUGGAAGAUGAGGCAUUUCAGCGA